AUGAAACAAUUUCACAACUUUGUUUCUGCACUGCUGGGAGGCAUCAUGAAGUGGCUUUGCCUUUUUGUUCUGUGCGGAGUCGCUUUCGCCAAGAAUCCUGAAGGUAAAAAUUUCACAUUUUAGCUCUAUGAGUAUUGUUAGAACUUUUUUAUAUACGAUUGGAAGAUUCUUAUUCACUGUCCUUUUUUGGGAUUUACCAAGGUCACCAAAGACCAUAAAACCAAGUAGACUGAAAAGUACUUAGUUUUUCGCCCAGGAUGCGAGAGUUCCAAAUCUUACAAAAAGAGAUAAAAUAUCACUUACAUCUGUAAUUUAGUGACUCAUUCCAAAUAAUCGCCAUUUGAAUAGUUGCUUUAGUGUGGAGCAUGAAAAUAUACCAUUGAAACUGAAAGCAUUUAAGCACUCGAGCCCAAAUGCCGUUUUAUUUUAUUUUGUCAAAGUGAUGUAAUUUGAUAUGGAUAAGCUGUGGAAAGUAAACGAUUUUCCGAUUGGUAUUUUGAUACUAAAAAUAACAGUAUGGUUUGUCGUAAAUGAAGCCCAUUAGGGUAAAACCGAACGCGAAGUUUAAAUAACCUAAAACGAACGUUCCUUGUAGAGAGUGACGAUCUUUAUGAAGGGGACAUGAUAUUCACAGCCGAUCAGCGCAUGGCGGCCGAAAUGGGACUGGAUGUGGAUGAUCCAAUGGGGAGAGGUUCAACCAAAAACAGACAGUGGCCGGGAGGGGUGAUGGCUUACGUCAUUGACUCCAGUCUAUGUAAGUAUAUGGUUCAUUAUAUUCGUUUCUUAGUCCAGCGACGCCAGUGUAAAUUUUUUGUUGGAAAAUAAUGCAAAUAAUGCAAUAAAUUUUGAUAUUUUAGAACUUCUACACGCUUAGCGUUCGCUAUCAGGUCGAGAGAAUUGCAAGUUACAAUAACCUCGCGGCUUACGACAGAAAAUAGUAUUGUGUUUUGGCUACUCCUAAGAAAACUGCCACAUAAAGAAGGUACGGGAAUUGAAAAGAAAAAAAACAAAAUUAUCAUUCUGUUAGAAAUUCCUUCUAUAAGAAGAAAGAAGAUGGUCAAAAAGUGGAGGAACGAGUUGCAUUCUAUUAAAUUCAUAAGAUAUGAAACAUGAUCGCUGAUGAAAAACUGUGUGGCUCCUAUUAUUCAUGUCUCUAACGUUCUAUUCGGCCAUCCUUUCAUAAAUUUGCUGUUGUAUUUCUUGCCCUCUCAUCUUAUAAGGUUUCAACGAAAUUCUCGUAUAUAGGUGGAAGAUCUGUGAAAUCUUGAUUAAUUAUCAACUUUAGGUUUAUAGAGGAAGGAAAAACGUCGUGACGUUGAAAAAGCCGUCAUAUACUUAAAUCAAAGACAUCAUAUGUUAUUUUACAGUCAAUCAUUAGUAGUAAUUCAUUUACAUGUAGCCCAUGUUUUACUUCUAUGAAUAAAGCUCGUGAUUCCAGAGCAAUGAACGCCAUCCGAGCAGGAAUGGAGGAAUGGACAAGCAAAACAUGUAUCCGGUUCAAGAAGAGGACAAAUGAACGAGCUUAUGCCAACUUCAAACUUGGCUCUGGGUAAUGAGCUCUUUAAAAUCUUAACAGCUCUUGCAAGAUGACCCUAACAACACUAAGAAGAGUAGCUCAGAUUUUCGUGUUCCUUAGGCACGAUUGUGCAAAACUAAACCGAAUAAAUAAACAGACGAUGUAUGAAAAAAAAAAUGAUAAGACAAUCAUUAAAAAACAAUCGAAAAAAGAAUUCAAUCGACAGCUAUUAAGAUUAACCCUUGGACUCUACGAGUGACAAGCAUCUAAUUUCUCCUUACAAUAUCACUCUUGAAGCACUCGUCAAAGUCACGAGAAUAAAAGAAACGAUCACCAACUUAUGAAGAUCUUACGUGAUAAACAAAUUCUCUUUAAUUGUUUGCACUUAAGAAAACGAAUAAAGAAAAGUAUGGAGAAUUUGCAAACAUAUCUAAAGGUUUUUAAAGGGCUAAUUAGUCAGUCUGUCAGUCAGUUAAUCAAUCCAUCGAUAUUAUGAAUCAAUGAUUGAUUAAUCAACAAGCCAGCAAUUCAAUUCAAUCUAAUCAUUGUAAUAACUAGGAUAACUGGGGUUGAUAACAGAGAAAACACAGAUAGAAAAGUGUGAAACGUUACUAUUUGGUGUCAUUUUCAGAUGUUCCUCGUACGUAGGAAGAACAGGCAGUCGUCAAGAUAUUAAUCUCGCCAGGGGAUGUUGGUCCAGAGGAAUUGUAGCUCACGAAAUUGGUCAGUAAAGUAGACAAAAUAAUAAUACAGAAACAGGCCCCCGCUGUUUAAAGGGUGGAUAACACUAUUCAUUGGACCAAAACCUGUCCGAUGGAUGUUCUAGCCGGUUUUUCUUUUUCUACCCUUAUCCGUUGGAUAUCGUAGAAAUAUCCUUUGCAGUUGGCUACAAACAUCGUGAGAAGUUACUCUAGGACAUUCCUCUACAACCAGUUAUAGUGACAACAACGUGACUAAAAUUGAAUUUGUUUACUUUUCAGGGCAUGCCUUGGGUUUUUACCACGAGCAGUCUCGUCCUGACAGAGAUAGUUACGUCACAAUUAUGUGGGACAACAUCAUUGAGAGUAAGUUCUAAGUUAGAUUGAAAAUAACAAAUUAUGAUACUAGGUUCAAACUAUACCUUCUACCGACAAAUUCAUUGUGUGUAUAAAAUCACAGCUUAUCAUUUACCAAGUGCAAUAUCGAGUCAGUUUAGAAUCACAACAUCAGAUCACAAGCACCAAAAGAAAAAUUCAUCGAAAUUAAAUGGUUAUACAAUAUAUUAGACUUGGCUGGUUGAGAGGAUUCAAUCAAUACACGUUAUGAACCAUCAAAUAUUUUUUGAUGGCGCACUAUUGGUUUAAACACAUCAAGUGACUGAAUAUUCCUCUGCUAAAGCUUGAGUAUAUCCAAAGAUAUCACCUAGGUCACAUUCCCCAAUUUUUUAAACCUUACGUCAACUACGAUAAGUCUUCAUUUAAAAUUUGAUUCAAAAUGAGAGAGCGUUUUGUGGUUGUUACAAAAGAAGGAAAAUAGCUUUGUUCAUUAAGUCGUACCAGAGGACACUUAAAGGAAAAAAAAUCUUACGCAAAAAAAUAGUUAGCUAAUCGCCUACAUUUUUUCACGCUCUUUGCAAAAUAUUUGAAGGAUAAUAAACAAAAAAGCCUCUAUUUAGUGCGAAUAAAAGCUCGUAUAUUUGUUGUUGGACAUUAUUUUUUCCUCGAUGCUUACGGUUUUCCUCGAGCUUCGCUGUUGGAAAACUGUUCACAGUUUGAAACAAAUAAUGUCCAGUAACAAAUAUCCGUGCAUAUUUUUGCGCCAAAUAGAGGCUAUUGUUUUUAAAGCGUGUGAUGUUGACAUGAUAAAUACAAUAUCUACAGCGACUACUUCAUUUCUCAUUUUGAGUACAAAGUCGACCUGGUGUCUAAGCGAAUAAAGGGGGAAAGUUUCUAAAGAAACCGUGGUGCUGCGUCGGUGGGAGAGUAUAGCAGGUAAUUUAUUUAGUGUUAACAACUGAGUUGAAAAAGUAAAUUGCUCUGACGAAGGGCUAAUUGAUCGCUCUGACGAAGGGCUAACGCUUGAAAAGUCAGCUUUUUUUCUCUUUACGGUGGCCAAUUUACGUUUUCAACUCAGUUGUUAACUCUAAAUUACCUGCUAGUUUCCAAGCCCCUCGUCUAUGAAGUAUUUUCAUAAUUUUACAACCUUAGUGAGAAACUCAAAGAAGUGGAACGCUUUUAAAAAUGUAUAAUUAUCAAUACAUCGGUUUUUCAACAUCGUCCAAUGACUGCUUGAUUUAAUCGACGUCCUCGAAUAUAAAAAUGAUAAAUGCCUACUCCGAUUCAUUAAAAGGAACGAGCACGAAAGUAGCCUUAUCUCACAAGAUUUUUUAAAUUUUUCUUUUCUGCUUAGGAAACAAGUUUAAUUUCAACAAAUACAAUCGAGGAACUAUCGACAGCCUGGGAACCAAGUAUGACUAUGGAAGUGUGAUGCAUUAUGGGAGCAGGGCUUUCAGCAAGAACGGAAGACCUACUAUCAUUGCCAAGCAAUCAGGGGUUAGUUUAAGUGUAGAUGCUAUCGAUCCAUUGCAUUAAUGAAUAUCAAAGCGGCAAAAUCAGUUCAAGGAAUUGCAAUUCAAUGCAUCAUUACUUACAAGCGGCUCACAUUUAAAAACAACAAUGUAUUGUAUUACCAAGGCAUGGUACAAAAUACAUGUUUUAAUGAUGAUAUUUACGGUGAAUGACACAGACAUACUCGGAGGAAAAAAAGAACUCCAGGCGCUCCCAAAGGGAUCACAUGUUUGCUCGUUCCAUCAGCUAAACAGCUUCGUUAAAUUCAAUUAUCUAUAAUUCCAUUUUGAAAACAAAAGGUGCUAUGAAAUAACAUGACAUUUUUCGUCGAAAGACAGAACCUACGAUCUAUUAUCCUAAACAUAUUUAUAUACUUAAAUCCUAGUUUGAGAAAAAAUCAAGCAGGCACUUCCACAUUUGAUCUACCGAACUGCAUCAAAUAUAUUUUCUUUUAUGUGUUCAUAGUGGGAUAGAUAAAGUAAAGGGCACGUCCUAUUAGUCAGUCAGGUAAAGAGAAUUUGAAUGCCAUUUAGAAGUGUGCAUGCUCAGACAUUUAAAAACCUAACCAAAACAAGUAACACAGACAUUUUUCAAAUGUCAUGAAUACUUACUUAAUUACAGAAGCAUAUAACUUAUAGAACUAUGUUGGAUGCUUCUGAUCAUUACUAUCGUUGAUUGUCGUUAAGCCUUUUUUUUGUCUUGGUUUGUUGUGUUCUAUCAUUUUAUUUUCCCAGGUAACACUUGGUCAGCGACGGGGAAUUAGUGCAACAGACGCACAGCAGAUGAAUCUUCUGUACAAGAGCCAGUGUGGAGGAGGAGGAGGAGGAGGAGGAGGAGUUGGUGGUGGAGGGGGAGGUGGAGGUGUGUAGUAAUGAUUGCUUACACAAUCAUCGCGCAACCAAAAAAAAACAUGAAAAAAAAAUAUGAGACCGUUCGUUGUUUAUCACUGGCGGGUGGGGGUUGGAAGAUUUUAGGGGGGCGGGGUCACCAAGUGUUUAGGGGAAACGGAGGGUAAAGUGCCAGUAAGAGAUAAUUGGCAUAUUACAGCGCUUGAUGAGAGGAUCAGGUAAAUUCUUCAGCUUCGAUAAGUCAUGAUAUUAUGUCCAACCUCAUCCAAUAAUUGCUUUAUUUCAUAGUAUUAUCGGAAUUAUAUGGGUACUACAAGAUACUUCUUUCAUGCAAUAUUUUGGAGAAAGAUGGAAACAGAUCUAUAAGUCCAUAUAGGGAAACAAAAAUAAUGAAAAAGGCAAACGAGACUUUUCCAACACAAAGUUUAUUUCAUUAAAGGAGUUCUAUUGAUUUACCAUUCUGUUUAGAUCUUGAUCGAAAAAAGGUGCACGCCUUUGAAUUACCGUGACAUAAUGCCUUACGUAGUUACCCAUAAUUCCUAUAAGAUAACUUGGUUCUGACAGCCCUAAAGUAAGCAACCUUGCCACUUCAACGUUUGCGCCAUACGUAAGCUUUUGACAGCUGUGUCUAUCCUGACAAAACGUCCACUGUUAUCUUUUAGGAAAUUGUCAAGAUAAGGAUAACAGAUGUAGCGGAUGGACGAGAUAUUGCAGCUAUCACCGAUACGUGAGGGCAAACUGCAAGAAGACCUGCAAACUAUGUUAAUCAGCAACGAAAAAAAGGUUACAAUUCAUUCUAAAAUAAAUUUUAGCAGUCUUGGAACUUACAAACUCUUGUACACCUCCGACGUGGUCAGAAGAAAUGCUCCAUGAAAUCUCCCUCCACCCCCCCCCCCCCCCCCAGCUUGGUCCUCAUUGGUUUUUAGAAGUUUGAAAAUAUUCACCCUCAAUGGAAUGACUUGCAUUGAAAUUUAUAACACGAAUGAAAGGGUUUUGCAUUUAAAAUAAUUAAGCUGCUUGAGGAGCCGAUGAAUUAUCCGUGAUCAAAAUUUUAAAAUCAUUAUUCACAUCGGCAAAGGACUUUCAAAUGUUCUAAAUCUGAAUUAUCACAUUUAUAACUCCAAAUAUGAUAUUUGAUUUAAUCCAAAUCACUCACCGUAAACGAAAUCUUGCAUAGAAAUUUAAGCAUUUCGUAAGAUUGUACUCCUAUGCAAAUGUGAAUUUCACAAUUGGUCUAUUUCGGCUAAUUUUUAAGGGAACAUAGUCAAGAUGGAAAAACUAACACUUUCCUGGACUUCCAGAGUCUUCCUUUCAAAGAAAUUUUAAUCUACCAACAAGAUCAUUAAAAACAGUACCUUUAAGUAUCAACUUUGCUCAUUUGGCUCUCAACCAUUUCCACAUAAGGAGGAAAAAAAUUGAAUAUAUGAUGAACAAGUUAUUUUUACAAAACAGUAAGUCGUAAAUUUGGCUUACAAUUUACUUCCGCGCAGAAUAAGUUGCCUAUCUGGGUCCUGAUUAAUGAAAUAUCACUAACACUGGAGGCUCGAUCCAUGCGAAAACACUGGAGGUUCGAUCAAUAAAACCUAGGCCUGCGCUCCAUCGUUAGCUAUGUUUGGAAACAGGCCCAGCCUAUUGCAACCUUUUUCGAGCGUUUCAAAUUCUCUCGUUAACAAUUCUACCCAUUUAUUUAUUUACUUUUUUUUAUAGAGAAACUAAACAGGAGAAGUGAUAGUUUGUGAAAAUUUUAUAUUUAGCUCACUUAAAUUUUCAUAUAUAUUUUCUGAAAGUGCGCAUGACCCGAUUUUAACUUAUUUGGUUUUGCUCUCAAUGAUACCUAAACAUUCAAUGCUGUUUUCCCUUGCAGGUCAUGUGCCAUUUUCGGGGAAGUGCCGUUGUAGUUUAACUUUAUGUAGAGUGGGUUAAUAGAAUAAAACUGGCAGAAAAACCUCAUUUUGAUUCCCAUAUGUCUUUUCUUCUCAACUUCGAAAAGGAAGCUGGCUCUCAAAUGCUGCUCUCACUUGAUUUGAUUCCAUUCAUGCCCACCUUUAUUUGCAAGUAAUUCCUGGUUGUCAAAGCAAACAAGAAGGUAAUGAAAAUAGUAAACGACCAAAUGCAACAGAAUAAUAGAAUCAUAGAUGCCUUGCUUCUUCUCGGUCGCGUACUAAAAAGUCAAUGCGUAAUUGUGAUCACACUGAUAAAGAGUCUCAAAGCACUUUAUUUUGUAAGUAAGCAUUUUUUUUUUGGGGGGGGGAGGGAUGCGAAAUGAAACGGUCACAAUUCAUUGAUGAUUUCACAUUGGCCUCGUAGGAAAUUUAUAUGAAAUUGGUGUGCCUGUCCAAGAUUGAAAAAACGCGGCCCGUGUCCCACACCAAAGAAUUCCGUCAACGCUAAAAAUUAUAUUUUCGUAAGAUUGAUUACAGCAAUAGGCGAUAUCAAGAACUUAAUCCAAGUUAACCGUUCGCCGUCAGUUCUCAUCUAAGAUCUGAUUUCUUUUUCCUGUUCGAUUCCUGUUUUGGAAACACAAAGGUUCUUGGGUCAUCACAUUUGUUUAUCGUAUAUCGAACCCAAAAUUUGGUUUUCGCGCACGUAAAAGCGAGGCAGAAUGAAAAACUGAGAAAAACGUGAAUCGAUUUCCCUUCACAUCGAGGAGAAUGAAAUCUAAUAUAUACUGAAGCGGCUACAUAGUCGGAGUUAUAGGUGUGGCUUCACGCAGAAGAAUGCCAAAAGUAUUGCCUCCCUUUUAAUGUCAGUUGAAUCGUUUCGGGAAAGAUCGUUUUUUCCUCCAACGAAAUGUAUUCGUAUAAAUAAUUUAAUAUGCUAAAAAUUAAAUGAGUAUAUUCAUUUUGGUAUAGAAAAUUCGUAUCACGAAAUGUUCCAUUGUCCCACUGUACACCUAAGUACAAUAAUUUCAAUGCUCCAACAUUUUAAGCAUGAGAAGCUGGUAAAAAUGGAACCAAUGUAGAUUCACCUGAACCUUUUUUCUUUAAAACCAGUUAAGUCUUUUAAAUAAAUAUUAUUAGCCAGUGUCAACAUCUACAACGAUUGUUUUCCUAUGAAAAGAUAAAGAAAUGAAAAUAACUCAAAAGCAAUGAAAAGAAAUGGUUUUCACAGAUUUAAGCUGUUGCAAUAUGAUGAUUUUAAACGUACGGCGGCUAAAGACUGAAUAUAUUUUCCAACGAUAUAAAAUUUAGGACAACGAAGUAUAAUACUGUGACAUUCAAGCAAACGUUAACUUGUAAGCCUGAUGAAGUUGAUAAGUUGCCUUUUUUGAUAAAAGGCCUCAAAUUAGCCAAAGGAAUACUAAUUAAAUUUCCCUUGAGAGAGUAUUGUCCAAAGUAAAGUAAGGCAACAAUUUGAGAUAUUUACAUGAUUAUUUACAGACUCUUACACAAUGCACUGCUGUAAUUGUCCAAAUUUGCAAAUACAUUUUAUUCAAUCGAGGUGUAAGGGUAUUGCCAAUGUUUUUCUGAGUAGCUUGGAAAGUAAGUGGUUAUUAUUUUAAGCGCAAAUUUCUAAAAAUGUUAAUGGAGUUGCAACUAUUUCUCUUUCUAUUUUUUUUUAAUGGGCAUUCACAAUGACUUUCCAAGUCCCCAAUGGACGUAUUUCAGCUGUAGCAGGUGCCAUUUUCCUCGCACAAAGGAAUGUGUUUGAUUUUUCCAGUAAUUUCAGCGCACUGCACUAGUACGAUGAUCACGCGCUAAAAGCAAUUGAAAUAAAGUGUUACACUUUGUCUCACAAUGAAAAACAGAAAUGCAGUGUUUAAUAUGCUGUUUAAACGUGGAUUGACAAAUGACAGCUACAGAGGAGUCAACUACAGUAACAGGAAUUUGCUUAUAGUCGAAAACAAUAUCAAACUGAAGACUUUUGUUACGCGCAGGUGAGUUGACAAAUGUUUCCAUAAAAUCUCAACUCUGAGUGAGCCCUUCACUCUGUUCUAACUAGAACAAGAUCACCAUGAAGUGGCUUAGUACCAUUUUGAUUUUUGGAGUGGUCCUUGUUGCAUCAGAAAACGCUGACGGUAAGUUUUUGUUUUUUUAAGCAUGGAAGUUAGUUUUUGUAUGAAAAAUAUAAAGGUUUUGUGGACGUUUUUAAUUCAUGACUUUAUUCGGAAAACGUAUCCAAAGCUUCUACCAUAUAUUUAAAUAAGUAUAAUUGUAAAAGCUUUACGGUGUGCUGAGAGAAACGAAAACGGAGAUCCGUCAGCAACAUGACGAUAGCGAUGAUGGACCGAGAAGUGUUGCGACUAUUUGCACAAUCGGGUUGAGCUGAAUUUCUGAAGGUCCAUCAUUGUUCAAUUUCAAUGUCCCCUCAAUUUGUUCCCAUUACAGAAAAUAUCGGCAUCGAUGAUCCAGAUGUCUACGAAGGAGACAUGAUCUUAGAUCCAGAUCAACGCAUGGCGAUUGAACUUGGGUUGGAUGUGGACAAUCCGUUUGGAAGAGGCUCCACUAUAAAUCGACAGUGGCCUGGUGCUGUGAUGCACUACGUCAUUGACUCUAGUCUCUGUAAGUUCGUCAUUAGUGUGUUCUAAAAACAAACGAGAAAUAGUGUGAAGUGCGAAAUCGUAUUCUUCCUUUACGAUUUUAAAGUGGCAAAUAGUGGUGUGUCCGUCGCACACGUGUUAUAUCUAUUGUGAUAGACAUAACUUUGAGUGUAAAUUGGUGGGGUAAAACUAGCACGUGGUAAGUAAAUAUAGAACGAAAAGUUGAACGUAGUAAGUAGAACAGAACGUUCUAUCAAUAGGGCCAGAUAAAAGACAGUUCAAUUAUUCAAAAACGAGAUCAUUCCCUAAUAAAUUACGAGCCCAUUCCGUAGCAGGAAACAAACAAAAUGGUAAGAGAUUAGCGCAGUAAAAGCAAUAUAACUGUUCUGAAAAAACCAGAGCAAUGAUCAAUCGCAACAAUUCAGAAAUAUCCUUUCUUAACAUAAAAUACACAUUUUCUUCUGACCCAUAAUUACAGCCAGUGACUCCCGCGCUAUGGCGGCGAUUAAGGCAGGAAUGGAACAAUGGACAAAGAACACUUGUAUCCAGUUCAAGCCGAGAACAACGGAGUCUAGCUAUGCGAACUUCAAACUAGGCAAAGGGUGUGUGUAUAUAUAUAUAUAUAUAUAUAUAAAUCUUUAAUUAAAGCAAAGCGAUGGUGAAGAAUGAAAUUCCAAUUUGAAAACUCCAUCUCGAAACAAAAAGCAAUACAAAAAGCAAUCCUUAACAACCUUCACAUCUUUGUGACUUAUUCUCUCCUUUCAAAUGCAAACACGUUUCUGGGUUUUUGAAUCUAUUUUAAAAGUCAUUUGCGACGACACAAAAUGACGCAAAACGUCCUUGUUCCCUGUUUAGUCUAACGAGAUAUGGUGUGUGAUAUUCCGUGGAAGUGUUGAGAUUUUCUGAUAUGUUGUUGAAGUUCAUUAUGGUGGUCGAUUAUUGAGAACUACUUCAUGAAAAUUAUAUGGCUGCGCUAACGAUUUGAACCAUUGAUUCCAAAUUUUUUCCAGGUGUUCAUCAUAUGUUGGGAGAACGGGACGCAAACAAGACAUUAACCUUGCUCGUGGAUGUUGGUACACUGGAAUUGUCGCCCAUGAAAUCGGUAGGUGAUCCAUAAGUCUUGUUCUAAAUAGUUCUUGUUCUAAAAUAGAAUAUGGAUGGAGCCUUUCAGGGCAACUGAGCUGUGACACAAACUAAAUGACCACUUAAUGUGCAAAAAAUUCGAUCAAAAGUACUAUUAGCAUUGAUUUUGGGUGAUAACCAUGGAUAUUGUAUACUUGACAUCUUGUUCUUAGUUUCAAGUCUGAGUGGUUUCGCCUUCAGUGACCGUUUAAUACAGGUUGGCGACAAUGGGAAAAAAGUCGUUGGGACUCAGUAAAGGGUAGUCGCAACCGCUUAAAAGAGGUGGAAAUUACACUGUUUGAGGGGAAAGAAUUUCGGGACUUUAACAAAUGACCCCUUUAUACAAGAUGUCCGCUUAAUACGGUGCCGCGUAACACAGGUUUGACUGUAUUUCGCGUAUUAAUUCCCUGCUACGAAAACAAUCUCAUAAUGUAUUAUAACAUUUUUGGUUAGUUAAUGAAGCGGGAUAUGAAACAGCCACUAAUUUUCGAGAAGUAUAAUUCCGAACCUUGGCCAGGAACAUUGUAAGUUGAUACCAUAAUGUUGUUGUGUACGCGGCAAGGGUUUGGUAACUGCUCCAUGUAGGAGUACUGAUACUUGUGUCGACUUCAAAAUUUCUAUGAAAGUAUAACAAACUUAGGCAAAAGGCAAACUUCCUUUAAUUCAAAUUAAAACAUGCAACGAUGAUAAAGAAACGAAAACUUUUGCUAGGUCAUGCUUUGGGCUUUUACCAUGAACAAUCCAGACCUGACAGGGAUGCCCACGUCACAAUUAUGUGGGACAACAUAAUCGAGAGUAAGUAACUACAUUACUGUGCAAAAGUAAUACAAAGAAUUAUUGUCGAAUAUCAUGCUUUAGCAAAAACCAGAAAAGUGAAUACUGCUUUUCAUGCCCGCUGAUUGACUAUUUCGGAAGUGAGUAGCAAGUACUAUUCACCCCCAAGUAGCCGAAGAGGCAAUUCGAGCGUCAUAAGUAAAUGUCCGACCAUUAUUUCGGUAUAUUGAGACAAAUAAACUGUUUCUGAGGUGUCUGUUUGGUAUUUACUAAAACAAUUAUUCAAAAAUAAAAAUAAGUUAUCACUUUUCACCUCCACUUCGAUGAAUAUUAUUCUUCCCAGAUAAUGCGGAAAUACGGCGAUAUAUCGCGAAGUGAACCGAGACGCUAAAAAGCUGAACGCUAUGACAUUCCCUCGAUAUCUCGGGAAUAUCGUUUUAGCAUAAUACCACUACAACGACGCAAUGUAAAACGCGGGACACGUCAUCACGAUAUAUAGGUCAAGCGAAAUACUGCUGCUGCGAUUUCGAUAUAUCCAUCUAGUGAUGUAUCGCCACAGCGGUUCAUCUUUCGGAGAGAAAUCUGUGCCCUUUGUAUUUAGUUCGAGCAAUAUUCAAAAGCGUCCCUUCCCUUAGGUUAUACGAAAAUUAAACCUUUACUCUCAAUGUCAUAAAAAAGCAAUAUAAAGUGACAGCGUGGUCGAAAGGUAAUCACGAUUAGGUAGCAUAAUCAUGUGUUCCAUAUUUAUUACGGAAAGAAAUGCAUAGUUAAAUCAUUACGCGGAGAUUCCUUUAAGACCACAAGAUAUCCGUAAAGCUUGUUAGUCAAAAUGGAACCUUAUUAGACCCGAAUUUCAGCUGAUAAAUACAUAAUAAAAGACCCCUAAUAUAAGAUAGGGGUAAAAAGCAAAUUAUUAAAUACGUUUUAAAAACGUUAACAACCUUAACAAUUUACGCCUCUUAAGAUUUCUUUUUUCACUUCAGUUUCAAAGUCGUUCCCUACACAAGAAAUGUGGCACAAAACUGCAGAGCCCGGAAAAAAGGAAAACCAUAACUACUGAUUGUAAAAAAAAUUUUCCUAAUGACGAAAACUUUAUUCAUUUAUGUUUUCAGAGAACAAGUUCAAUUUCAAGAAGUACUCCAAAUCCACUAUUGAUUCUCUCAAAACCCCGUAUGAUUACGGAAGUGUGAUGCAUUAUGGAGGAAGAGCUUUUUCCAAAAACGGAUUACCAACAAUCGUUCCUAGACAAUCCAACGUACGUCGCACAAAAACUUUGUUUAAUAUACAAUAUUCAAUGAAAUUAGUAUAAUCUUUGCCUCAAAGUUACUUUUACUGAUCGUAUUAUCAGAUAGCAUUACCAUACAGUGAUAAAGAUUGCAGUUGCGGCGAACUUUUCAUGGGAUAUCGGUAAUGUAGACAAAGUUAAAACAGGAGACUCUAAGAUUUGACCUAAAUGGGGCACCCAAGAUGCAAAACCCCAUGAUACCAGAGAUAUAACUUUCCCACUGUUUGCAUUAAUAAUAACGAUAGAGAAACGGCGAGUUUGCACUUUGUUGUUGUUGCUGUGUAAGAGUAAAUACGCGAGAACUUUCGUGCGAAUGACUGUCUGUCGCGUAUUUCUGUUCAAACGUUUAAAACGAAUCCUCAUUCAAAGUGACUGACUCGAAAUUUAAAGUUCGUCGAAACAACAAGCGUCCCGAUUAUUUGAAUUACUUUAUUCGCCAUACAUCUUGAUCUCAUUAGUGAGUUUUGUACAAAUUUUAACAUGACUUGUAUCAGGUUUUGGUCAAUAUCUUCUUUUUCACAGGUUAAGAUUGGUCAGAGAAAAGGCAUCAGUAAAAUAGACGCUCAGCAGAUGAAUCUCCUCUACAGUCAGCAAUGCUCAGGUAGUGUUGCAAUGUGAUUAGCCAAUUUGUCGUUGUCGAUAAGAGCACAGACAGUAGCUGCUCGCGUCAAUGUGUCACGCAAUGGUCACGCACUGACCUCGUUAGUCCACAAUAUUUUGACUGCCGUGAUGACGAAUAUCGUUGUCAAUAAGAGUACACACCAUGCUAAACCACAGUAAUUUGCAAAAUCGCAUCACGGCCAAUGGCUUACGCAAGUGAGAAGCUGUAGUUUGCGCGGUUUAGCAUUAUCAUAUCACGUUUAAAAUUGUGCGAAUCGAUGAACGGCCUGUUGCGGUUUUCUUAAGUUAAUAUCUACUUCAUCAUCGUUUUUGUGAUAGGUGGCAGUAGCUGUGUGGACAAAAACACGAAUUGCCCUGGUUGGACCAAAUAUUGUUCCACUAACAACUAUGUGAAACAGAACUGCAAGAAAUCGUGCAACAUGUGUUCAUAAACUUCACAAAGGUAAAACAAAAGGGUACGUUGGACUUUAAGUCAUAUUUAAUGUUCAUGUUUUGAAAUUGCCUUAUAAGGGUAGAAAUGUAAAAUACAUCUGUGAUGACUAUAUGCAUACUUAAUUAGCGGAUGUGUAUCUCCCUAUGUAAUAUUAAAAGAACUCUACAAGCGUUCCAGAUAUAUUGUCAUGAGCAUGACUGGCUACGCUACUCGCUAAAUAUCCGUGAUAGCAAGUAUGUGAAGUGAGUAGCCAAACAGUGUACGGUUGUAAACAAAAUGAAAUAAAAAACACCAACCUGCAUUGUCGAUAAGUUUUCCACGUCUGAUAGAUUUACACUAAAAAAAAUUAGAUUAUUUGUUCUCGAUUACUUCGCAAGGCAGCUGAUUCGAGCUUCGCCUUCAUCAACAAUCACGCGAUAGAGAUCUUGAGCCUAUAAUCCUAUUCAAAGAAGAAUAGGCUAUGACAAAUGUAGGCAUAUGAGGUUGUUAAAAGGUGUAAAUACUGUUUAAUCCUUUUGUGGCCUUCAGUAUUGUUUGCUAUGGUAGAAGAAAGGUGGUAUAAGCGAUUUGUUCCAAAUGAAUAUACUUAAGGCAAAAAUUAAAGUCUCUUUUCCAGUUCAGUAAUUGUUUAUUCAGCGAUACACUAAUUGGCUUCAGCCAGGGCCAGGAUCAAUAAAGAACCAAGUAUAAAUCUUUUUCAGCAUCAACCUUUUUUUUUUUUUUUUUUUUUUUUUUUUUUUCAGGCUGAUUGAAGCUGGAUGUAAUGUCGCUCAGUCAUUUAUGUGUGCCCAUCUAUCCAAUGAAUGAGAAUAAAAGUAAUUUACCAUAAAGUGAGUUAUUCUGCGUUGCGAUCAAUUGAGCAUGCACUUUUUUAUAGAGCAAAGCCAAAGGUGCAAACAUAAAACUCUUUGUUCGAAAAUUCGGUUCAUCCGAAGAAAGUUAUUACUUUCACAUUUUGGCUCCCAACAUUUAAACAAACAAAACAAAAAAAAUACAUCAAAACUGAUGAAAAAGUAAAACAAAAUACUUGAAAUAAAACACAAAAUAAAAAAAGAAAAAACUCAAAAUGAAACAAAACCAAACGAAACCUCAUCAUAACUCGAUUCUCCUUCUUUAAUAGCAUUCCUCUGAAAAGGUCUCUGAGAAUAUUUCCUUUUGGCUAGUUUCGUCUGCUCAAACAGUAAGCAGCUUUUGUAUUGGUGUUCCCAAUUAAAAUAAGAAUUUCAUAUAAAAAAACCCGGCAAAUUAAGCAGUGGAGGAUGCAGUUAUCUACACAGAAAUAUCAGUAAAAAUAAACACAAUUAGUCUUCCUUAUAAUCAUAACCGAGAAAGAUGUAUCGAACAAGACUGUUGUUAUGAUAAAUUUAUUUGACGGUUUUUAUUUGAAUUGCACACUAAAUCACAGGAAUUGUUAUUUAAGCUAAUGAUUGGACAAAACAAUUUUUCUUUUUUUAUUUAAACAACUGUUUUAGUUCAAAUUUACAUGUUAGUUGGAUACAUGAUGCUACGUGUGAAAUUGUCGGAGAGCGCCCUAGUGGGAAUAAAGUUUCUGAGUUGUACAACGUCGUAAAAAAUCAAAAAAGGCCCCUCGAUUUUUAGAUUGUAGUGGAAUCACAAGAAAGAAAUAGAGGAUCCUUUAUAAGUAUUAUAUUUAGAAAAAGCCCCAAUUUCACUUUAGCUCAAAAAAGUGGGAAAUAUCCAAAGUAAAAUACCUUUAACAGGCUGCCACAACUAGUUUUCUCAUUUUGCUCUUUUUUUCCCGUUUUUAUUGUCGCUUAAAGUAAUUAUUAUCAGCACUGUAAGCACAUGGUUUUGUGUUGCUUCCUCUAACUUAGCAUUCCCUUAGGCUUGUCUAGAAGGUUCAGGCCUUUCAUCAAACUGUUUCCCCUCAAGUUUUUCGCAAUACCAUUGCUCAUACCUAAAAAGGGGCUAUGCUCUGAGUCUACGGAUGUAGGUCAGAAAAAAAGGGAGUGUGGUCAAAUACUCGUAUCUUGUUUGUAUUGAUAUCUAGGGCUUCUUAACCGCAAUUUCUCAAUAAACCGCAAUAAAUCGGCGGGAAAAGAGCACUGUCAGGUUUAAGCGUUGAUUAAUUGUUGAAGAAAGAGUAAAAAACAAACAAAAAGGAAACAACGGGAAGAUAAUUAAAAGACGUUAUAUAAGAUAGUAUGUCGAUGAAAUUAGGGCUGGAUUAGACGAACUGAAUUGAGAUAUCGAUCUUUUAGUUAGGCGUGUUACGAACAUAAGUUAUCUAGCAGUCUGUUCUGAAAAGACAGUUAUCACCAAGUUUAGUUAACGUAACACUCAUCUUGCGUAAGUUUGUCGCCAGUCCAGUUUCCGCCGCAAUCUUGACCUGUCGAUAUCAACUUCAUGAUGUAAGUGCUAAUGUUCCCACGGUCUUCUUGCGUAUUCCAGUGGACCGGAGAUGUUUGCUCUGAUACACUUGCGACGCUAGAAUUUGUUGAUGAAGUGUGCUUUAAAGGAAAUACUGUGCGUACGAAAUUUCCCGCUAUUCUGUUUGCAAGCACAGUCAAAAACGUUUGACCUCUCGAAAUCGAAAAGUUUGUUUAAAUUUGUAUCGCGAAAAUACUAAUAAAUAACAGAAAAGUGUAGCUAAAAGAAAGCAGAACGACCCAAUAAAAUAUUGAUGAAUAAAAUGUAAUUCUUAAUUUGUAGGAUACCGUCCAUCAAUUUUUGACCCAAAACGAAAUAUUGCUCUUGCCGAAACGGUAAAUUUGCGGUUGCCUGUAUAUGCAUUAUUGGGCAUCAAUAUUAUCCAUUGUCGAUACCAGCCUGUAACUGGUUGACACUCUAUAUAAAUUCGAGAUGCGGCCUUGAGAUUUCACUUUAAGACUACGCUGUAUUUUCGACAGAUUUUCACAGGUAUACAGUUUAUGUUAAACUGACUCGACAUGAAGUGGUUGGUAGCUCUUGCGUUGUUCAGAACAGUUCUCUGCGCACCACAUGGCCAUACUGCUGACGGUAAGCUUGAGGAAUCACAAAGGCUGUAGAAAAUGUCAAAUCUGUCAUCAUGAACAUAAUUUUAUCAUUAAUUUUUUAACCCUAGGGGUUUUGGUCAAUAAUAUCUCUUUUAUGAACAGUAUUAACAUUAAGACCAUCAAGUUAUGCGAGGUUAAAAGGUUGAAAUAACCUCCACUUCUCAAAAUAACAAAAAAAAACUUAUAGUCUAAAAGCACAGGGAGGGUUUUUUGAGAGUAGACAAGCCAGAUGUGUUACGGAUUAUCGUUACAACCUCGCUAAAUAAUUGUCUAGGACACUAACGCAUCUGUUUACAUAUCUUAAAAAUGGCAACUGGUCGAACCUGCUCUCAUUAAGCAAGCGAGAAAACAAGUCAAAGAUAUCCAUUGUUUUGCUCGGUUUUUUUGCCUUUUUUCUUUUUUAACUAUAGAGAUAUAGAAUGAUUCAUCAGAAAUUAUCUCAAAAGAACUCGUCGCACAUGUUUAUUUCUUAUGUUAAUACAAACUUAUACUUGAAUGAUUUGCUCCAAUGGUAUUGCGUACGUGACACGCGUACAUAGGCAUAAACAUAACUGUCGGAUUUUAGUAGUGUUGACUCCCAAAAGUCUACGGAAAACCAGUUGAAUGAUGAUAAUGGUAAUGGAUGGUGCCCGUAUUUCACUCCGUUUGAAUACUGACAAGGAAAAAACAUAGUUGCAGGUUGCCGUAGAAUGAAUUUGAAUUUCAUCUUGCAAGCGAUCGGGAAAAUCUGGUUGACUUCCUGCACUGCACUUAGUUUCUCGUCCAAUCUACGUACGGCACUUACAUCUUUCGCUAUAAAAAUAAUCACACCGAUCACUCAAAUCCCUAUACAAACAACUUCAAUUCAAAGUGCGACUAAAGUAAGAAAAAAAAAAGGUUGUCUUAAAUAUACAAAUUCCCUUGAGAUUCGGGCUUGUACGUGCCAUUCUAAAAGCAGUUCUUGUUUUCUUUCGACAUGACCGGCUGUCCCUCGUGUUUUAUGUUGGGAGAAUUUAUUUCAAAUUAAUUCCAGGCCAAGACGAGAUGACCUUCUUUGCGAUAUAUCAAGGAAAGCGUGACAAGCGACAUAGAUUUUCAGCAAAUCUCAAUGUCAACAUUAAGUCUAUUUAAAUGUUGCAUCUCACGAGCAAACCAAUCUUGCUUGUUUUUGGAACAAAAUGAAGAGUACGGUGGUUUGGUUAAAAGUUCAAGGACAGCCUGAAUAUUUGAUUAGUUAAUUCAAGUAUUAGUCAAAACUGAAAUAUUAAUCGAUAGUGUUACACGGUCGGUAUCUCUAAGGGUUGAAUGUGUAACACACCACGGAUAUCGCAUCUUUUCAUCGGAAUUUCCGGAAAGAUAUUAGAUAGAUCUAUCGGAAGGAAAGACGAUUUCUUUGCCCAAAAAAUGCAGAAGCUAUCACAUUCCUACUCAAACUGCUUAAAGGAAGACAGUUUCCCAAGCCAUAAGGAUAUAAAAACAAUAAGAGCAGAAUAAUUAUAAGUCUUAUUGUGAGGUCCAAGUCUCUGAUAUAUCGCCUGCUAUAUCACGCGUUUAGAUGAGAUUAAGCUAUCUUUAUUUUCAUCAUUUUUCAGAAAAUAUGGGUAUUGAAAGCAAAAUCCUAGUUGAAGGAGACAUGCGUCUUACAAAAAAGCAGGUGUAUAAUAUCGAACACGGAUUGGAUGUCGACAGCUCUCGAAAACGAGGCUCAAUAGCAGAUAACUCUCUAUGGCCGAAUGGAUUGGUACCCUAUGAAAUCCACCCAAGUAUAAGUAAGUUCAUAGUAAGUCUGUAAUUCUCUGUAAUGGAUUCUCUGUGACCCCAGGUAUAUUUAUUUUCAAGGUUAACCCUCGGAAGUGCAUCUAAAUUCAUACCCCCACCGUGGUACGAAGUUAUAAGCUUGCGGUGGCGGUAGUAAUGUCAUCCAACAUGGCGGGCUGUUUUUCCAUUAUAAUUUUUGUCUCGUCAUGCCCCCCUCCCCUCCCCUCCCCCUGUUUGUAUGUCCAGGGUGAAGCGCACGUUUGGCUCUAUAAUAACGAAACAAAAAUUUGUAAAUAGUGAGCCCAUCUACGCGUCUGCCAUCCGAUAGAUCAUAGGUAAGAAACAAUCAAAAUAUGUGUGAAAUUCAGCAUAUCAUUUAAGUAUGUUCAGACACCUCCUCUCCAGUUAGGUUUCACUCGACCUCUAUCCACUUUGACACCAACAACUUCCAAGUCUCUGACCACCUGGUAUAUUUUGCUUUAAGGUGGUAUUCCUCGCGCUGUGAAUGCCAUUAAUCAAGGAUUGGCAGAAUGGACUUCAAAAACUUGUCUCCGAUUUAAGGAAAGAGAAGGUGAAAGCGAUUACAUCAUUUUUGGCGAUGGAGGAGGGUAAGUAAACGUCAAUUGAACGUCACCGUAUGAGUAUUUUCUCCUCUGUGAUUGGUUUGUUUCCAAGAGUUAAAAUAUGUUCUAUUAACGGUUUUCUGUCGAACGGCUCUCCAUCUGUUGUGUAUUUUAAAACAAGUUACCGAUCCUUUUGGCUUUUUUAAAACUAAGAAUAAAAAAAAAAAAAAAAAAAAAAAAAGGCAUAAGAACCAUGUCUGUCCUCAAGAAAGUAACGGCUGGAUCUUACUACUAGAAAAUCUUCUCCAUGCAUACACUCCGAUUUGUGCAGAACAGAAUUUGAACAGUUUGACGCCAGGCAAGAAGAUAUAAUGUGUCAAGAUAGGAUACCCUUAAAUUCCGAGAUGAUUAUCCCGAAAUUACAAUCUCUGUUCUUGACGAAAAAACCAUUAAGAAUCCAUAACCUUCGAUACUGAAUUUUAUGGCCAGAAUACUAGCUAGGUAAAGAUAAGUCCCCUUCGAAUGACAGUUCAGGGUAUGGAAAUUCUGAUUAGCUGUCACAGUUAUCGAGAGAGUAUUAAUCUGACUUUUCCAGCUCAAACUAUGGACUUACUGACCCGUUUCAGAAAAGGCCGUGCCGUCAUAAGAUUUAAGCUCCCGUCAUUCCUACCCAAUCAAACUUACUGCAAUGCCAUCAACAUGCGGGAGACUUCCUUGAUACAUGUACACGCGAUGCAAUAAAGGAAAGGUCCCAGCACGAUUCUAUUUUAAUUUAUUCAAUAAAAAGCAUUUUAUUUCAGCGUUAAGCGAACACAGUUUUAGUGGAUAGAGGAUUGUGAAGGAACUCUUUACAUCUCCAGUAUUGACUUUGUUCCCUGUUUAUAAUUAGAUGCUGGUCAUAUGUUGGUCGACGUGGAGGUCGCCAACCGAUCUCUCUAAGUAACGGCUGUUGGUGGAGAGGAACUGUAACUCACGAAAUUGGUAAUUUUCAUUUUCAUCCUCGGUUUUUGGUUUUUUAUCACUGCUUUUUGUUAUUUUUCUGCGACUUAAGGCAACAAUAAACAUUUAAAACAAAAUCAUUAAUUAGAAAAUCGAUGAAAGGGUCUUUCUGUGUUACAUUUAUAUUGGCCAAAUUGUUCCAGAGCUAAUGGUACUUAGAAACCGUUUCGAGCGAUUUUCAGAGAAGUCUGUUAGGCAUAAUUCUAAUACGGAAAACUCAACUUAAGAAGAAGUUAAGCGCAACAGACAACUAUAUUUUUUCAUGAAGGUCAGGUCAGGUCUUCUUUUUAUUGUCCUAUUCACGUUAAUUUCAAAAUUGACGUGUCCUGAUAUUUUGGUAUGAAUAGUGUUUGCAGCAUACCUUAGGGCAACGCAGUAUUUGGCAAAUCUAAACCCUUUUCUUUUACACUGUUUGUAAUGUUUUUCUAUUGCAUUUUAUUUUCUUGGACUCUGCAGCAUCCCCAAGUGUACAAACCCUCCUCAUAUUCAAUGCUAGGUUAAACUGAGUUUCUUCCUCUUUGUGGACAUCUUUCAGUGUUUCUCGAUUGAUACUGAAAAUUGUGUCAAUUAAUUACAAUUUGUCGUAAUCGCAACCUAAUUAAAUUUCUUCUCCAGCUCAUGCACUUGGUUUCUACCAUGAGCAAUCACGACCUGACAGAGACGAGUUUGUUACGAUAUUAUGGGAUAACAUUGAAACAGGUACGUUAUACUGCUGCUUUGGUUUAGGCAAAGAUUGAUAGUCAACAAUGAGAAGUCUUAUCGGGGUGAAAAAUCCAAUUAAAACUAACUUGGCAAAUACAAUUGUUUUUUUAUACAGUAGAGUACAUAUAUAUACUCGUUUUCAAAAACGUUGAAAUUUUAAAAAUACUGUAUGUGCCAUUAAAAAGCUUAUGUAAAUUAUAGGGACAAUAAAAAGGAAAGUAGAAAAACCAAAAAGUUGAUUGUCUGUCAGCUGGUCAUCACCUAUGGGAGGUUUAAAUCAAUUGACCAGAUGUGGUCAUCUUUAAGAGGUUCCAUUUAUAGCGAUUUGACUUGGAAAUUUGUGCUAUUUUGAAAAAGUGGUGGCUAAUGAGAGGUGGUCGCAAACGAGAGAUGGUCGCAGAGGGAGGGUCGACUGUAUACGUAUUUUUAUGCAUUUUUGAAUUUCAGACAAAGAGAGUAAUUUUCGAAAAUACAGCCGGUCAACGAUUGAUUCUCUUGGUACUCCAUACGAUUAUGGGAGCGUGAUGCAUUAUGGGGCAUUUGCAUUCAGCAGAAACAACCAACCAACAAUAGUGGUUAAACAAACGGGGGUAUGUAAAAAGCAAGGUUUUUAAAGUUCGUCAAACUGAGUAGUAAAUGGAAGAUCACUCGAAGUCAGUGCAGAGGUAAAGGAGCAUUUCCACCCCUAAACGCGACGUCAACUACAGAAUCUUUCUUAGCUUGACUAACCAGAGUUUGAUAUGAAGAAAAAUAUUCAUUUAAUUAAAUCUUUGAUUAUAAGGUUUCCCUAUUAUCAACUUUGUUACUGGAGCUUGCCCCGAUUUCCGUGGUGUCUAACAUGCCAACGCCACAAUCACGACUAGAAGGUAAAUUUUUUUUCCCUUCUCUGCCUCUCUUGCUGGAGCCGAGAGGCAGAAUUGUCACCACAUAGAACUUUUGAUAGAGCCACCGCCACUUGGCGACUUCGACUCUUAAUCAUGCAAAACUAAUCGAUUGCAGCUCACUUUUAUUGUAUACUUUCAUCUCCUAGCAAAAAAUUGGGCAACGAAAUGGCUUAAGCCCUGUUGACGCAGAGCAAGCGAAUCUUCUUUAUCGAUGUGGCCUACGAAAAGGUGAAACAUUUGAUAACGAUAUGAAAUAUGAGACAGGGAAAAAUCUUAUAUCAUAAAUCUCUCAUCAUUAUAUGGACGAUGAAAUGGAUAUGUAAUAUUCUUUAAGAGUAAGACUUUUUCUCUCUUCUUUUGCUUCUUUAUAUUUUGCUUUUUCUUAUUUAUUUGUUGUUGUUGUUUUUUUCUUUAUUUGAAAGUCUUAAAACGCUGUAAAGUCGUAUAUCUAUGUCAAAAUAGGCGGUUAAUUUUUUUUUCCACAAGAUUUUUCCAUUCUAUCAUGUACAUACAUAAAACAGCAGGAUGUAAAGGUCUUGAGAAGGGCUUUGAAUCGCUUAACUGUCCCAAGUUAUAUCUGAGUGGUUCACGUAUAUCAUGAGGUUUUAAGAGUACCUUCAACAUGGCGGCGCGUCUUCGAAGGGAUAAAGGUUUUGAUCUCAGACAAAAUACCACGUUAUUGCCAUUUAAACCUCAUCGCAGUAUUUUUUUUAACAUUCUACUGAAACUUUUCAUAUCUAUUUCUGUAUCUGUAGAAACCACAACUUUGCCGCCAACAACUACUCAACCGCCAAAGACUACUCAACCACCAACAGGUAAACUUUAAAAACUGCCUCGAUAAAAAUUGUUCAUCUUCCUAUAACCUGGAAACUAUUGCGUGAUUCAACUGAGAGAUAUUAACGAGAACAAGAAUAAGUGUCUUGAGAGAACUGAGGAGAAUGUGCUGCCUUUUUGAUGAAACAUGCAAAUAGUGAGACAUUCUCGACUCAUCGAAUAAUGAUGAAAAUUUGCAAACCUCUUCUUGUACUCUCCCUGUUAUGGUCAGCUGGGGACGUAAAAUAAGUCACACGUUCCAGACCGUUUCAGAUUUUGCAGAUAUAUUGGGAGAUCGCCAGAAGUUUGUCUUGGUGGUUUGCAGACCCCAAGUUAUUUGUGACUCGGGGGUGCUGGUCAAGUAAUUUGACGACUAGCAGGAAACUAAAGCAAUCACCGACACCGUAUAAAUAGGAGCGUCCGCCCUCUUCAGUGAUCUCCAGUUAUUGCAGAAAUCUGGGACGGAUUUUCCAGACUGUCGCCGACUAUCCCAGACAGUCGAAAAUGUAUUUGAUUUCGAUCGAGUUUUCAUUUGUCGGAAAACUCUGAGACGGUUGGGAAACAAUGAAUUCCCCGAUCAUCUAGGAUUUUAAGGGUAGGGCAGGGAAUAUCCCAGGAGGGGAAGGGGAGUUGCUUUGGCCUUUCCUGUCUAAAUUGGGGAGCAUAUACAAAAGGGUUGCCUUUCUUUCUGUGUGAGCUACAACAAGCUAAGUAUUCCUCGAAAACUGACGCACAGCGCAUGAUACUCCUUGGAAAUGUAGCUGAUUUAAAAAUACUUUGUUUUUUGUUUUGUAUUGUUUUUUUGUUUUUUUUUUAAUAAGAGAACCCUGCCUCUUUUAUGGGAAGGACAUAAUUGGAACUACUUUUAUUAUCUACCCACAGCAUUAAAAAAACAACUCUUGAUUAGAUGUAAGCACCUAAUAACUGAUUUUUUUUUCUUCAUCGUAGUGAGCUGCAGAGACAACCUUUCCGCGAACCUCUGUAACAUUCUGAAAAGUGCGUUUACUUGUGUACCCAGUUUCGUUUCCUCAUACUGCGAGAAGACCUGUAACAAGCGAUGCUAAAAGCUGUUAGACCUUAACGUGUCUCAUUUCCAGAAAUAAGCAAUCAAAGAAAAUAUUUCCUCUUUUUCUUAAAUUCUUUUUUUUUUCCACUCCUCUUGAAGUAUUCUAACAUGAUGGUUUUCAGGAAGAAGACUAGUUGAUAUUGCACAAGUAUAGAAAGUCAACAGCAAAUUCUUCUAAGCAUUUUGCGCUCAUGGUUGUAGCGUUUUUAAGAAGGAAUUGAUAUAAAAUGUUUCUUUAUUCAUUAUACAAUAAAGUAAGGGCUUAUCGGAAGGUUUGUGGGCUUCCUUUGAUAAAAAAGAAUGCUUAAAUUUUUUUUUAACAAAAAUAAAAUUUAAGGGCAAAAAUGCACCUGAAUAUCCUGGGUGCUCUUGGAUCAUAUGUGAGACAUGAUCCUAAAAAUCAAAUUCCUUUAACUCCCCUUCUUCAGCACGCUCCUUUUGUGCAAAAACCCCUUCAAUAUUUUCCUUGAAAGGGGAUUCUUUGUUCCACUCACGUAACUUUCGUGUCUUAAGAUCACAGGCGCAUUUGAAUAACCACAAGCUGUUGCAUGAGUUCAUGUUGUAUGUUAUUGAAACUGGUUCAAUAAAAGCGGCGCCCUAAAAAUGGUUUGUCUUUAAAAGAUCGACAGAACAGAUAUAUUCAAAACUUCUAUUCCUGACUUUCACCCACGUGACACUAUCCUUGACAACGGUUGCUAUCCGCCAUCUUUGUGCCCCUUAAGCGUAAACAAUCACAGAGAAGCGUGAAGUAUGGUUCGUACAGUAUAGUUGUUGGAUGUGGUUUUUAAAGCGGCGGAAAACAUAAAGUAAGCUUCCAUUCCAUCCCCAAAAUCGUUACAAACCAAGGACAAGAGCACGAAGAACGCACAAGAAAUAAAAAGAAAACGCUGGAUUGCGGCCAUCAGUCGAGAAGACACAAAAACAAAGAGAGUCCUCGACAGCGAACGAGUCUGCGGUCGUCACUUUGUUUCCGGAAAAGCUGCAAAAUAUGGGGACGCUUUUAACUUCGACUGGGUACCAACUCUUAACCUUGGAAAGAAACAAUCAAAGACGCCUAAAGAGAGUGAUGCUGAAGCAGCAAAAGCUAGAGGCGAAAGGGUUAAAGAACGGAGGAAACACGAAUUAGAGCGACAAGAAAUCGAAGCCGCUAAGAAAAGAAAAGAGUUGAAUCAAAGUGGACUCCCUAUCCUUGAUAUUGCUUCAGCUGCUAGCUCAUCUAGCUUAUAUACCAAUCUUAACGAGCCUUCUUGUAGUACAAGCUGUGAUGGUGACGAAGAAAAUGACGAGAUCAUUCAGGUGGACAAAUUAACUUCGACUGAUGACUUUGAGAUACUAUGGGAGGAACAGAAAACGCUAAAACAAAGACAGAAAAUUCAAUUAUAUGCUUACAAGCUUUGUACAUCGAGUCCGAGACAAAUAUUAUUUUAAUUGUCCUGAGAAAGCUCAUUUUUACACUAGUCUACCAUCCUAUGAAGUCUUUAUGAUAGUUUUCGAGCAUGUAGUUCCACAUUUGUCACGACGACCUGGUUCUACAAUAUUAAAUAGAUUUCAAUAAUUUUUUAUGGUUCUGAUGAAACUCCGUUUGAACGUUGCAUUCCAAGAUUUAGCGUACUGAUUUGUAGUGUCCCUUUCAAGUGUGUCAAGAUAUUCUCGUCAUGGAUAAUUGCUAUGGAUCUGAGGCUCUCUGUUUUAUUCAUUGGCCUGACAGAGAACAGUUUUGGGAAAACUAUGCCGGUAUGUUUCCGAUACACAUUUAAUCGAAAGGUGAUUGUGAUCAUCGAUUGCUUUGAAGUGUUCAUCGACAGACCAACAAAUCUGCUGGCUAGAGCCCAACUACCUCCACUCUGCACUUUCUCUAACAUAAAAAGGCUACUUGUUGACUCCAAAAAGACGUCAAACAUGUAAACAUCAAUUUUAUAAAUGGGCAGAAUUAAAAUCUGCUCAAAUAUAACUUAUAUGAUUUGUGGGAAUAGACAUUAUUUACGACUUUAAGAUCAACUAGAGAACUAUUAAGCAAACCGAAAUGACAAGCUCGUUUUAAUCAUCAGUCAUUUUUGAUAUGUUUAUUUGUUUUCCGGAAUGCUUUUGAAUGACGUAUCACUUCAACACUGAAACGUGAGGCGAAUAAGUAGUUUUAAAUUAAAUAAAUGCAUUUUUGUUGCAAUUAAAAGAGAUCAGUAUUGACUCAAUACGUGACAAGCCGAUAUAAAAUUGAUGUUGGAUGCUCAGAUGACUAUAAAGUUCUGAAAUUGUGUUUGCUGCAUUUCGUUUACGAAAAGAUCUCGUUUAGCAGUAGUCAGAGCUCAAGUCAACUGAGUCAGAUUUAUGUCUUCAGGAGAUGAGGUGCAUUAGCGUCCUUUUAUUGAUCAACACUGGCUUUGCCGCUGUACAUAAUCCUGACGGUAAGCUUAAUUGCUUUAUGAGUUUGAGUUUGUUCAAGUUAUGAAACUGUUUAUCGGUGCCUUUGACUAUUUUUCCUUUUGGGUUUACCGUAGAUUACCUUCAAAAUCGGUGAGAUUAAGCUUUAAAUGAAAAUUUUCCAUUCGAAUGAUGGAUAACCCGGCAAAGUUUGUAUCACAUAGUAAUAUGCAUUCGUGAUUGUUGCCAAUUGCCUGACGGCAAGAAGCAACAUUGAAAAAAGCUUGUUUUUUCAUAACUUUAGAUAAUAAUCGUCAAUCUUAGAACCUACAAACAUUUCAUCAUGGGCCACAUUACAAAGAUUGCCAGAAGAAUCAAAUUUAUUUGAUGAAUCAUUGUUUUCAUAGAUAGUUGCUCAGGUUCUAUCAUUAUCAAUAUUACUGAUGCUUUUUUACGGAUUUCCAACACUUCAUGCGUGGCAUAGAAUAUUCAGACAAUCCUAUAAACUGUUUCUUGAUCUUACUAGUAAAAAGCUCAAUGCAUUUCCAAAGGUAGAAGAUCGAAUAACUUGAUUCUGCUUCUUCGCACUGGCAUGAAAAGGUGUAAGAAUUAUUGAUUAUUGCGAGAAAAACAAGAUGAGAAAAAAUACUACUAUAUUGCCUCGUGAACUUUCCGGAUAAGUCCCAGUUUCGGCUGAUUCUUUCAAUGUUAUAUGAUUUGAAGUUUCGUAGAAUUGAUUCAGAAUAUUUAAGCACGCUAAAGGCUAAGAUAAUUACUUACACCUCUAACAAGAGCACGAUCUCCAUUCAUCAUGCAAAAGCUGGCUUUUAAAUGCGAUAAAUGGGUGCCCUUAAGGCACAGUACUUGUCUUCUUUUUAGAGUGCAAAGUAGCAACAGCCACUCAAACCUGAUGUUUCUUUCCUUUUCACAAAAAGAAAUGUUUUCCACACGUGUCUUUUAUUUGAUUGGUGUCUAGUCCACAAACCAUAUCGCAAUUGACGCAUCGAUUUCAGAAAUAAUUUAAACUGAUUUGUGGUAAACCUUUCAACGAGUUUUGGAUUCCGUUCGUUUGCAACAUGUUUUGUUCAUCAAACGCAAUAACAAGGUUAAAGUUCAGCCUUGUUGUAUCUCUUCAUAUAAAGCAAUGAUUUAAAGAUAAAUAGACCAAGAAAGAACAUAAAAGAGAUACCAGUUCUUGAGUUUGAGUUAACAUCAGCAUCUCGCAAUAAAAUGAGCAGUUGGAAAAGUUAUCACACAUGCAUGAGAUAAGACACUGAAACUAAAGGAUUUAAAAGCAAAUCGAUUUGUCUUGAAAUCACGAUAGUUUCUAGAUGUCUUUGCUGUAUUAAUAUCGGUUUACUAUUAUAAUAAUAAUAAUUAUUAUUAUUAUUAUCAUUACUGUAAAUAAGAUUGUUAUUGUUAACAUUAUUUUUAUUAUUGUGAUUUAUCAUCAUUAUUUUGAAUAGAUUUUUGGGUCGAAUUGGCUCUCUAAAAGUACUUAAAUUGAAUUAGGUCCUUUUCCGCCAGGGAAGCUCAAUUCGGUAUGAUUAGUCAGCUAAUAGAAAUUCAAGUUUUGUUUUCCUCUGCUUUUAAGCCUAAAGUUGCAGAAUGGUGACUGGAAUUUUCAUUUUUUUCUUAAAUAUUUGCCUUUGUUUAGCCAUUUGCAUCAAGCUCUUAACAAACUGCCGUCACUGUUUCUUUCAACCUUGGCCCGAAGAACUUCUGUUUUUUUUAUUCCACUGAAAUCAGCCUACCAUUCAAACCCAGAUGAAUAUACCUAUACUGUUGUAUUAGGGUAAGGGUAUUGCCGUCACUCCUGUCAUAAGUGCUACUCGAGGUUGGAUAUUGGGGCAAUCAUUCGACAAAAAGUGGUUCAUAUCGAUACCUAAUAGAUUUCUCCUGUUGUGUUAAAUAAAAAUAGCAAUCCUGAGCUCAUCCUUCCUAAAUGUACCUUUCGUGACAAAAUAAUUACAUAAAGUAAAGCGUUCUGGGCUCCUAAGAUACAAAAUACACUGUGAGUCACCACUCUCGUUUUUGUUGCUGUAUUGAUGUCAUCGAGUCAUCGUUUUCAGGGCGCUGUCCACGUUCAUCGGUCAAAGCACUUAACAAUUACAAAGCUUCAAAUUCAACAUUGCAAGAUUGGCUUGAAACUCAUCGCCUCUCAGUUCAGAUUUCCAGUGCUGAGCAAUGGAUACAUAAUUUCUACACAGGAACAAUGCUCUCCUCCAUUCAUAGCCCCGGCUUUCCAAACAUAGCCUUACCUUAAGCUGAGUGGUGUUAUCGAGUGCCUUGUGAGUGUUCGUACUCAUUUAAAGCUAGAUGACAUUCUCAAAAAAAAUUAGUAAAGAAAAAGAAACAGCAACAAAAGAGCUCCUUCAAGUAAUAAUAUUCAAGAGCCUUAAAUUAGUUCCGCACAACUGAUAUAAAAUGUAAAACACUCUGUUACUGUGGUAUUCAGAAGUCUGUGGACAGCUUAAAUACUAUAUUGGAAUAUCUUUCUUAUAUUCCCGAUUUUCCUUCUUCUCGGUUUUCUGAGUGCGAUAGCAAGUGUGAUGUUUAUCGAUCCAGCGAAGCAGAAUUUCACAAUAAACUUUCUUUGUCACUUUGUUUCCCAAGGAGAAACCCGUCGCGAUUUUCCAUUGUUAGAGUAAAAACUUCACCAUAUAUAAUGUAAAUAACAAUAGCCAUCAAUUUUAGAUAUUUUGCUAUUUUGAAUCUUUUGUCUUAGAAGGUUGUCAUUUCUCACACUGUAAUUAACAGUAACCAUUAAUUUUAGAUAUUUUGCUAUUUCCUUUCUUUUCUGAGUCCUUCGUCUACGACGUUUGCCAUUUCAUCGUUUUCACAGAACAUCAGAUCAAGGUUUGCCGUCAUGCAGUCGUCUCACUAAACAUACUUCUGCUCGUAAUACUAUCUAUCAAAAACUGCUUCGAAAACGUCAUAUCCCUGGGCCAACCCCACGCCUGGAUUUGGCGGUGAUUCCUUGUAUUUUUUCCUCCUCAAUUUUAACAGUAAAGAGGGAAGAUUGAUAAGCAAAAACUUCAGUGAGAAGAAUAUAACACAACUUUGUAAAAUACAGUUUGGCACUAACUGAUUCAUGCUUGCCUGUCCUCAGAAAAUUUUGGCUUGAGGAACUCCAGUCUUUUUGAAGGAGACAUGCUACUUCCGGAGGAGCAGCGGGAAAGAGCAGAAGAAGGAUUAGAUAUUGAUGGGAUUCGCCACAAAAGAGCCUCGUCGAGAUCCAAAUUAUGGCCUAAGGGAGUCGUCCUCUAUCAGAUCUCUCCAAGCCUCAGUUAGUUAAUGUCACAUUGUAAACCUAUCACUAAGUCUAGCUCAUAGUAUGUCCUGAAACUAUAGUCUAAUUGAAUAUUUCACAAUAACUCAAAAAAAUAUAUGAGAUCUUUAAGUUUAUGGACUCCACGUAAAUUCAUCAUGUGAAAAAAAAAAUUAUCGCAAAAGCCUUGUCUUUAUCAAUGUGUUUCUCAAAAAUUAGUUUUAAUAACAAUGGAUUAUAGCUGGAUGGGACUCCUGUGCGUUUUAAGAUGCGAUAUAAAAAAGCUGGGGAAACAUUGUCAUUAGACUAGAUUUAUCCCUUUUUUUUUUGAAGGUCGCUAUUCCCGAGCGAUGUCUGCCAUCAGAGCUGGGAUGGCCGACUGGACCUCAAAAACCUGUAUUCAGUUUAAGAGAAGAACAAGCCCUAGUCAGAAAGCUUACGUUUUCUUCAGAUAUGGCAGAGGGUAAGCGUUAUUAAAAGAUAAAUUUCUGUUCCUCUAUGUAAGUGUACAGUUUCCUUUUUGUUUGCUGGUUUGUUUUUGUUUAUUUUUCGCUUCAGGUGGUUUUGCUGUAGUCAUUGGUGUUAGUUAUUUCUUUCCGAUAUAAUUUUCUUAGCUCAUUGUGUUGUGUCGAAAACGUGAAAAAGCUUUUCCACCCUCCUUGUUAUGUCACGCUUAUUCCCUUGAUUUAACGAUCCUACCACAACGCUUCGGUUAACUCCCUCACACAGCUCCCGGCUUAUUCCCAAAGGACACACAUUAAACGUCCCGUUGUAAGCACGUGCAACAGUGAAAUAUAUGGAGCGAUAAAAUACGUGACACAUACAUGUAUGUUUGAUUAUGUGUAGAUAAAUGAAAUCGCUUAUAAAUGUCAAUCAAAUCAAGAAUAAUUAACGUAUCGUUCAUUUUUCAACAAUUAAAGUGUUCCCUGUAAGGAUGAAUUAGCCAACUUGUUCCUUUCCCAUCCCCCACCCUUCCCGCCCACCCUGGAAUAAUUUAUCUUGUUUAUCAGUGAAACAAUUACUUCAAAAUGGUUUUGGUUUCUUUUUGUUUGUAUUCACCCUGUUGUUGUUGUGUUUGAAUGUUUGGUUGGUCGUUGAGGGAAAAUCUAAAACGUCGGCCGGGCUGUGUUAAACACGCAGAAGCUUUGUCAAACAGAUAGGCCGCAGUUUAAGAUUUUCCCGUAAUGAUCAUCCCUAAUUUUCGGUCAUCAAUUUAAGUAGAUAACGAUAUAUUUUACAACGUGCAGCUGUUGAAAAAAGUUUUCAUCAAAACCGUUUAUAUUACAGAUGUGCAUCAUAUGUGGGAAGAAUUGGUAGGCGCCAAGAUAUUUUUCUCGCACCAGGAUGCUGGCACAAGGGCAUCUGUUCUCAUGAAAUAGGUGACUCUUAUUCUAUGAACUGUUAUCAAAUAGCAGCAUCAAAUUUUCAAAGAUUUUAUUCCAAGAGAAAGAAAUGUAGGGUGUCUUCUGGGUGUUAACAAUUUCGCUAAUAUCAUUUGACAAACUGAUGGUGUGAGAAACGAAGAGAAGCAUUUACUAAAAAACAAAAUUCUUCGGCUUUUUUUGCAUCGAUCGCGGCGAGGUCCACGCGUGAUGACUAAGAACCAAAUAUUCCGCGUCUGGCGUGACCUUACUCAGUCAAUAAGCAGUUGAUCACAUGCUUCUUAUUAUAUUUUGCAUCUAGCGGAGUCUCAUCGUGGCUCUACGUACGCCACCCCGUGCAGCUCCCUUACGGGGAUUUUUUAUUUUUUUAUUAUUUUUUUUUAAUAAAAGCUCACACGCGGCGGUAUAGGUCCCUGAUUAAAAAUAUUUCCUUAGUUCUAUGGGUAAAUUUUGUCCAAGCCGAUGGCGAACUGUCGAAAACGUAAUUUCACACACAGUGGUACGUUAUAUGAGACUUACAACCAGAAAUUACAAGAGAGAACUAGAAAGAAAUGUAAGAAUAUUUGAAAUAUCGCAUCACUCGACAAUCAUACAAAACAGCAAAUAGGGUUGACUGUUCUUGAAUAUUGCAAAUUGCUUACUAAAAUGUGCAAUUUUAAUAUUAUUCAAUUGUCUUUAAUUUGUAUGCAUUCCAUUCUUUUUAUUUCCAUCCAAGGUCACCACAUUUCGCUCCAUUCCACUCCACUUCACUCCACUCAAUUCUACUUCCAUUCCACUCCAUUUUUCUCAAUUCCAUUUCAUUCUACUCCAUUUUACUUCAUUCUACUUUCGUUUCAGCCUAUUUCAAUCCAUAAUAUGCCGUUUCACUCUAUUCCAUUCCAUUCUACUCAGUUCCACUCCGUAGCGCUUCAUUCCAUAUCACUCGAUUCCACUCUGUUUCAUUCCAUUCCGCUCCAUUUUCUCAAUUCCAUUUCAUUCCACUCCAUUCUACUCCAUUUUAUUCCAUCACACUUUCAUUUCAGCCGAUUUUAAUCCGUUAUAUGCCGUUUCAAUCUAUUCCACUCCAUUCCAUUCCACUCCUUUCCAUACUACUCCAAUCCACUCCAAUCCACUCCAUUCCACCACAUGUCACUUCAAUCACUCCAUUCCAUUAUAUUCCACUCCAGUCCAUUCCAUUCUAUUCUAUUCCACUCCAUUCCGCCCCAUUUUACUCCUUUCCAUCCUAUGAUGAGAGUUGCGCUCUAAAUGUAAAUGUCUAAAUUUUUCCAGGUCACGCUAUCGGAUUUUACCAUGAGCAGUCCCGUCCUGACAGAGAUAAGUUCAUCAGGAUUAAUCGUGCUAACAUAGUUUCAGGUAACUAUUGGUAAACUCCUAAUGCUAGAGGCUGGAGUCCAAACUCGGUAAAUAAAGAUGUAAUGAGCUUACUGAAUUAAAAACAACUUUGGUUUUAGGUGACGAUUUCGAAAAGAAGAAAAAAAAAAGCACGUUCGUGAUUACAAAGAGUCAAUGAAUAAAACUUGACUUAGAAAAACAAGUGCCAGCGAAAGUUUCCAAGUCAACUUAAUGGCCAACUUCAAGGUCUGUGGACGUGAUUGGCUACAUCAUCAAAAGGGAUUGUCGUUUGAAAUAUUACUUUUACAAAAACUAUGAAAAUUGUGCCUCGCUUUAACUGCAGUUCUUUUCUAACGGGCUGUAUAUUUUAUUCGAUUACAGGGAUGGAAUCUAAUUUUUAUAAAUACAGCAGAGGGAAAAUCGAUUCACUCGGCACACCAUACGACUAUGGAAGUCUAAUGCAUUAUAGGAGUACAGCUUUCAGUAGGAAUGGAAAACCUACAAUAGUUGCUAAAAAAUCAGGGGUACGUUACUCAGGAUAGAAAAAUAGAAGCGUGGUUAAUUCUUACAACCGUUUCUUGCUUUCCUUACCUGACAUUCAAUUAAUGAAUUAAUGAGCACUCCAGCCACAUUCGGCUUCAGUAAAUGCGCCGUGUAACUGCGAAAACUGCUUCUUAAAAUAGAACUUAUCACGGGUUAUAGUCUCAAGGGAACCUGUUCAUAUUCUCUCAUUGUAUAUAUCACAUAGGUUACCAGCAGUUUUUGAGAAAGCGAUCUUCGCUUGACAGAUUAGUGACAGCAUGACCAUUUUUGGAUAUGCACAUAUACCACACGGGGAACGUUCUCUGAAUCACGUGACCAGCACAUGAGCGAGGCCUUAUCCAUACUAAGCCCGAUAGAUUGGCAUACGAAAACACACCCAGCUCCACAGAUCUGCAAACUUGUGGGACCAUGAGAAUUAUGUUUCCCUUUUUUAACAGAAACUUUCUUCAUUUUUUCCAGGUUACUAUUGGCCAACGAAAAGGAUUAAGUUCCAUUGAUGCAAAACAGGCGAACCUUUUGUACAAAGCAGAGUGUGCAAGGAGGCCCAAGCCCACACCGAAGCCCACGCCCAAGCCCACUUCAAAGUCAACGCCUAAGGCUACACCCAAACCUACGCCAAAGACCACACCCAAGCCCACACUCUACGCCACAUCAAAGCCCACGACCAAGGCCACGCCCAAGGCCACGCCCAAGGCCACGCUCAAGGCUACGCCCAAGGCCACGCCCAAGCCUACCCCGAAGACCACACUCAAGCCCACACCCAAGGCCAAACCUAAGCCCAAAGGUGAAAAAGAAGCCUGUUAAGUAAUAACUCAGCCUUUUUAGAUAUUUUUUCGGAAGAGUUUUGAGGGAAAACAUUGUUACUGUUGUUGUUACAUUGGUUGAACAUAAAUCUCAUUAGCAAAUAGAACCUUAUGCCGCCAGUCUUAACACAAGACAACAAGAUCUAGCUAAGCGGAAUUCAAUUUUGUAAUUGCUGAAUUUUUAAUUUAACUGUAGAGUAACUUUAAAGUUUAUUUGGUUCAAACAUCUUUUCUCCUUUUCCACCUCUCAGCAACUUGCAAAGACAGGUCACGCAAAUGUCGUCGUCGGUCUUGGAUACGCCGCUGCAGAAGGAGGAGAAGAAUAAAAAACAAAUGCAAGAAAAGCUGCAAAGUCUGUUGAGCAAGGAGAAGAAGAAAUAGUUCUUAAAACCCUAAGGCACAAGCGAGAUAAGAACCAUAUUUAGCGGUUGACUUUAAGGGUUAAUUGCACGAUAAGAAGUUUAAUUAAGUCCUAAAAUAAACUCUGUAAUGAAGUAAAAAUACCGAAAUAGUUAACGUAGCUUUAAGGAAAGCUUGGUUCGCACCUGCAACACAAUCGUAUCAAGACGACACCAAGAAAAAAAUUACUUCUUUGUAAUUGUUGCAAUGUUUAUCAUGUUAUAUUCCUACUGUGCUGUUAGGUCUUCAUCUCCACAUAAACAGCGUGAUGAUAUAUCGAUCUUUUAGGACGUUCUGCUUCAUGAAACCAAAUUAAUGUGAAUUCUGCUUGCGUCGCUAAGUCCGAGAAUGUUAUUAUGUUGCCACAAUGUAAUCAUACUUCAGACUUAUUCUUGAGCGAACGAAGGAAUGAAUGCGUUCCGUAAAUGCAAAAACCUUAAAAGUAAGCCUACGUGUUAGUGGCUUAAAGGCAAAAGAUAUUUCACGCAGUUAGGUGAAAGCAUGUUUGUGAUUUAUAAAAGGGAAACCUUGCUUGAAAUGUUGCCUUUCGGAGGAAUAAUGCCCUAGUUUCUCCAUAGUUUAAUGAAAACAUCCCCAGGGAGCUCAAGAAGACACCGUUGAAGCAUCGUAACUCGGAUCUCAUCACUAUUCUCCAUGCCGUACAUGGCUACAGACAAAGAUCUGUCGUGAACUCGUACAUGAUGGUAUCCUAUCUUAAAACAAUCUAUAAAGGACAGGAGUUUCUAUUGCAUUCUCGAAUUCUGACGACGUUCUAGUGGACGAAAGAUUUUAGCUAAACGAAAAAAAAUUAGGUUACAAGCUGAAAGGCAAGUAAAGCUGAAGGUAAAAACUGUAACCUGACAAAUAGAUACUACUAAAGAAGAUCAAUAGCUCUAAAAUACUGGUCGUUUGUCGUUUAUUUCCCAGAAAAACCUCGCCAACCUGAAAGCCUUCCUAUUUAUUGCUAUUUAAACUUUCUAACGACGUUUAGAAAGUGAUAUCAACGAACAUUUUUCUCAAAAAAAGUUCAUUCUUGCCCUCAACACACC